GGCUGACGUUGCUGCUUGUGUCCACAAACGGUGCUAAUGCUACCGAAACGGAGAAGUGAGUGUAGGUGAAAGACACUUCGCUUCGUUUCAGGUUUUAAACAAAAGCCCUGUAAGUUUUACUUCAACAACAGACCUUGAUAGUUUAUCAUAUAAAUUGUAGUUUAUCUAGUUUGCGGAGAUGUAACGUUAGGAGUUUGGAAGAAGGGUCGACGACACGAAACACUUCCUUAAACUCUUCUUUUACCAGGUCAGAGAAAUAUGUCAAAGCUGGAGACCUUGCUGCAGGAUGGACUGAGAUCAGAGUUAGUUCUCCAGCAGCAUCUGAAGGCCCUGAGUGAGGCUCUCGGACAGCAGCUGCAGGAGACAGAGAAGAGACAGAGAGAGGAGCUGGAGAAGAGGAUUCAUCAAAAUGCUCUACUGUCAAAGAACCAAGAGUAUAAUGAUCCAUCCAGGAACCAUCAGACCAAACCUGUGGGAAUGAGAAGAUCCACUUCAGCAUCUGUCCUGACCUCAGACAAAGAGAUUUUGAACCAUCCCAGACAGUCAAAGGGGUCCAACUCACUUUCUGCAGCUUGGAAAACUCCAACAAAAGUGAACAACUGUUCUGUCAUGACUUCCAUGCUGACACUAACUAAGACCCAAAAGUGUGAGCGCUUUGCUUCAUCUAAAACAACACAGAUGAGCAAAGAGGAAGAGGCCGAGGCUGAGUGUCAGAAGAAGUUCUGCGCUAUCCCAGUCCCCAGCUGUGUCACCCAGCCCCUCUAUCAGGAAAUGAUGGAGCUGAGGGAGAAGGAGAGGAAGCAGUGCCAUGAGCAGAGGAGAGAAUUCUUGCUCUCCAUUCAGAAACCUUUCAGCUUCCUUGAGAGAGAAAAUGAGAAAAGGGAGAAGCUGAUAGCAAUGUUAAACCAAGUCUCACGUGAUCAGAAAAGAAAGGCUGCUAUCGUUAGGAGAUCUUCUCACAAAGAGGUGAAAGACUCGUCAGAUUCAGAGGUGAAAGACCAGGAGCUUUGCAGACAAGUCAACCCACAGACAUCAGCGCAGCAUGAUAAUCCCACUGUGUCUGGCAGCCCAAAACUUCGUACUGCUGAACGCACCAGGAAAGAAAAGCUGCAAUUCCUGUAUGAGAGACCCAGCUUCCAUCCCAAAAUAAUCCAUCAGGUCCCAGAUUUCAACAAGCUGCACAAAGCCUUACAAACAGAGGCACUGAGAAAAACACAGAGUAAUGAAGUGAUCAAAUGUCAACCAUUCCAUCUGAGGACAUCAGCUCUCCCUGCAAGGAAAUCUAGGAUGAGCCCUCAGAACUCACAGGUACCAAAAAUAAGUAAUCUAAGUAGAAGCAAGUCACUUGGUACCUUGACAUCACUUUCCACGGACACACUCCCAAUAUACAUCACGGAUGCUGUGAGGAAGCGCUGCAUGGCCAUCAGAAAGUCCAUAGAGAUGAGGGAUAGCAAGAAUCAGGAGAGUUCAGACUGGUUGAAGAAGUACCAAAUGAGUUCCCAGGCCAUGAAGAAGACGGUCUCACUUCAUGCAAAGUUGUUGGAUCCACACAGCAGUUUGAAAGAAGUACACAAUGAAAAACUACAGCACCACUGGGCGGCUGACCAACAGAGGAUGAGAGAGUACAUGAGAGAGUUACGGGAUAUGAAAGCGCGGGUCAGUGAACGCCCUUAUUUGUUCGAACAGGUGAAGCAGAAAAAUGCGAAAGCUCACGCAGAGAAGGCGUACAGGAACAAGCUGAAGAAGGCUGGCUUAAAGGAGCAAUUUCUUGAAGAAAAUGCAGAAGCAGCUGAGGAAACAUCAAUAUCAAACAGAUCUGAGGAUGAUACAGAUGAGAAAGAUAUUCAAAGCAGGCAAGAAAAUGUAGACGAUGGGGAGAAAAUUGAAGAUGUGGAAGAGAAGAGCGUGAAGUCCAAAGGGGAAGAAAUGCCAUGAUCAAAAAGGUCUGCUAAGGACACCAAGCAUGAGCCUGACAUGGCCCUCUCUCAGAUGGUUGGGUUAAAGUUCCCAGUUGUUUCUACAGCCACAAUAACACCUAAACAAACAGUGCACAGAGACCACUUCAGUGAUCUGCUCCAAGCCCUUAGACCCACAUCAAAUAUGCUAUGUAUACUGACCUCCACUUGUGCUUGGACAGCUGACUGCCAGGAAUGAGAUAAUUUUUACAUACAAGCCACAUGGGAAUGUCUGACUGUGUAUAUAAUGGUAAUCAAAAUGUAAUCAUGGAGACCAGUGCAUACCAAGAAAUGCCCAUACGUUUUGUAGGCCACUGUGUCAUGCAUUUUUUUGCAAUAAUUUGCUUGGGUUCAGGUCAAGACAUCAUCAUUUGUGAAGUAAUUCAUCUAAAGGGAACACUACUGAAUGCUUAGUUUGAAUAGCACCAUGUCAUUAAGAGCUCAUAUGUUACAUACAAUUAUAAUGCAGUUUUCUGCUGCCAGAGUGAUGCGCAUGUCUACAUGGUGACUGUAAUGUGACUGUCAGGGAAAUAAAGAAAGCAUAUGAUUAAUUUCGCAUAAUUAAAAACAUAAGAAAAGCAGAAAAUCCAAAACAUUAUUACAUAUCACCUACAGACGUAAUAAUUAAUGACACAAGCCCCUUUGAGAUCUCAAGCAUCACAUGACAAAGCUUCAAGGGCUCCAUCCUGUCAGGUUGUCAUGGGAACUGUGUAUCCCUCCCCAUUCUGUCUCGUACUCCCUCAGGAGAGCGCUGUGCACCUCUGAUCCCCCCGGUGCACGGCUGAAAACAAAACCAAUCUCUCCAAACCUGUUAGAUAAUAUCGGAGUGUGAAAUGCCCAAGAGAGGAGGGACAUCUAAUUAAACAAACUAGCGCCUCGAAUGUUUGCGGAAGCUGAGAAAGGGAACAAACACAUCUCAUUUAGAUUAAUGAGAGGUUGUGCACUUGGCCAGUGAAUGUUAUGAUCACGCUGUUUGAGGAGUGGCUCUCCUUAGCACACGAACAAUAUAAUUUUGCCAAGGUGGUGCAUUCAGGUCUUUUAUUUUUCCAGCUGCUGAACGAUAUAAAAAUUCCUGCACGUUUAAUUCUGUAAAUGCAUGGGUUGCAAAUGUAGGCAGUUGAGGACACGCCCUAGAAUAGAGGAUAUAGGCCUUAAAUGGACUGCACUGUCACAAUGCCAGCCAAUUUCUAGUCUCACAUUUUCCUUUUCUGUCUUUUGGCUCUUCCAUAAACUAACUCUCCUGUUAUAUCGCAUCCGUUCACCUUUACCUCCCCUACAGUAUCUCAUGUGUUCCGGUCAUAUAUCACCUGAUCGCCCCCGGCCACCUGUUCCCACUUCCCCUUCAGCACAGUGCCAUAUGUACCAGCCAUAUGUACCAUUUAUUCUCUUUCUGCCUGGGCUUUGCCAGUUGUAGCCCCUCUGCCUGCCUGGACUGUUGCUCACUAAACAGAUCCCUCAGUAGAUGCCUCAUCUCUUGUGUUUUCUAGGUUUUGACUUUGAUUUUACUGACUGGUCUCAGAAUUGUGCUUUUGGGUUCAAGCCUGGUUUUACUGAACCAUUCACUUGCCUUAAAACAUCAGCUAUUUCACUGUAUGAAAUCCUUAUGCUGUGUUUUCUGGUUACUGUGUUGAACAUCUUAAUUCUGUGUUUAUAUAUCUUGUGUGUAAAUGCUCUUGAUUAUAAAGUAAAAGUGCAAAUGUCAUGUAUUUUUGUUAAGUGCAGUUUAUGUUGUGCAGGCAUGUAUAGUCUCUGUAUGUUUUAGUCCUUGGUUCACCUGCAGGAGGAGCUGUGGCUCGCUGCAGCCUCUCUGGAGCAGAAGAGAGAGACCCCUCUUUUUCUCCUUCAGUGGCAUGAAUAAUAUCCCCAGUGCUGGAGAGAGAGCAUAUCAAGAGGCAAAUGGGAAGGGGAGAGAAAGAGAGAGAGAGGGAGAGAGAUAGCAGCCAGUGUGACAGAUAAGAGCGUGGCACAACUUGUCUCCCUGACUGCACCGUGGGCCGGGGAAAGAGAGAGCAAGUGCACCAGAGUGUCAGGCAAGGCUGCUGCCUGCACACACACAAACUCUCUCUCUCUCUCUCUCUCACACACACACACACACACAUACACACACACACACAAACAGACACACACACUCACACACGCACACACACACUCACACACGCACACACACACACACACAUAGACAGACCCCUCAGCCUGGCUGCACCAGAAGAAGUUCAGAGAGAAGACUGACCUCAAGAAGGUACAGUAUAUUUGUGUGUCUCUAGCCUGGGAAUCAUAUCCCCUGCAGCCCCGUCCCCCUCUUUGUAAGUGAAACAUCAGUAGAAAAUCAGAUGUGUUACGCUCACUUGAUGAUUUGAUGCUCCGUUUUCUUUCCAGGUGGGUUUGGUGGAAGUUUGGUCUGUGGAUUAACUCAAAUGUUAUGGCCUUCCUCAAACUGAGCCUUCUUGUCCUGUAGAGGAGUUGUGUGUUUCCACUCUAGAAGAACUUGUCUUGAGUUUGCAGCCUGAGGGAGGAUGGAGAAGCUGUCAGAAAAAGACAAGGAGCUGAUACGAGGCAGCUGGGAGAGCCUGGGCAAGAACAAAGUCCCCCAUGGUGUCAUCUUAUUUUCCAGGUAAUGUUUUAUACAGUCAGCGUGAGUCAAAUGGAUUUACUCAGUAAAGUGAUUUGUGAGAGAAGAAAAUGUUGUUGCUGUGCAGUUAUCCUUUUAUUGUCCUUUCAUCAGCUUGAAUUCUAAAACAACAAAAAGUAAUCUUGCUUGUUUUUUAUGUUGCUACUUAAUAGCCGCGGUGUUAUGUAUCA